AUGGACACCCAGUCAAAAAUUCGGAAGCGCAUUCCAAUAUCCUGUCGACGAUGCCAUCGGCGCAAACAGAAAUGCGUGGGCUUCCCAACAUGUACCAAUUGCGAAAAUGCCAGCGAGUCCUGUUCACGCAGUGAGAGCGCACCAUCAUGGCACCAUGCUAUGUCGAAGGGGGCUCUCGUACGCCGAAUUGAGCUGCUUGAAGAUCAACUGGCUGCUCUGGAAGUCAAUAGCAUCGCCGGUCGGGAUAAUUCCGAACAACCUGAUAUAACAGCCAGGCAGCAGUCUUCUCGUUGGAAGUCAACCAAAUUCCAUCACUUAGAUGGAGUCGUUCGAUUCUUGACACUCGGUCACGGGUUAAAUGAAGAUCAACAAUAUCUUGGGCCGACAUCAGGAGUCUCCAUGGUAGAGAACGUCAACCGAAUGAUCCAGGAUACAGUCGUGGGGAAGUUGCUUCCUGUGAACUCCAAUAAUCAGACGCAAGAUUCAUCGCUACAGAAUGGUGAUCAUGUUAAAGCACCUCCACCCGACGAUGAAAUCGGCUCUCGCAUCCUGGAUGCCUAUUUCAAGAAUAUGCACAUCCGUCUUCCGUUCUUAGAUCGCAAUGAGAUCCUUGGCUUACACGCUCGAAGACAUAAAGAAGCUGGCACAAAUCCCGAUGAGCAAUUUGGUCAAUUCAGAAUAUUCAUGGUAUAUGCGAUUGGUGCAGCUAUCCUAAAAAUGACUCAAACAUAUGAAUCGACACCGCCGAAUGCAUUUCUAGUGACAGCCCUCCAGUUCGAUCCAACACUGAGAGAGUCAAUUUCCAUUGCCAGUAUAGAAGCAAUGUUACUAAUGGUACUAUACAACCUUCGAUCAACGUCAAACUCUAGUGUCUGGUACAUGAUUGGUCUAGCAAUGAGAGCCUGUGUCGAUUUUGGACUCCAUAGAGAGAUGCGAUACAAAGCUCUACGGCCCUACGAAGCCCAGUUACAGCGUCGCCUUUUUUGGAGUGUCUAUCUCAUCGAAAGACACACUGCUUGGUCUCUAGGUCGACCAUUUAGCAUCAUGGAAGAGGAGAUCGACACUAAAUCCCCGUAUAACGUCGAUGAUGCAAUCGACAGUGACGAGGCUUUUGAAAAAAUUAACAAAUACUAUCCCAGCACUCGUUCUCAGCAGCAUAAGCCAACUCUAGGGAGAUUCAUUGCAUCGAUAGGAUUGCAAAGAAUAGUAUCGCAGAUACAAACCCGCAUCUAUCGCGUUGAUAAGCAAAAUUCCAUCUUGCUCCCCGAAGUCCCUCCACUCAUGUCAAUGUUACAAGAGUUCAAAGAAACACUUCCUUCGCUGGAUCUGGCUGAAGAGGACUUUGUGCUGAUGCAUUGGAACAAUUCAGUUCGAAUCCUCUUGCAGCCUUUUCUCACUAUACUUCCCCCGCAGGAUAAACUCAUCAGCACAUGUUUAUUUGCAUCAGGUCAAAUGUGUCAGCUCUUCAAAAAGCUUCAUCAAAGAGAUUCAUCGGGUCAUUCAUUCUUGCUUGUCAAUUCUGUGUUCAUGGCAGGACUUACUAUGUGCUUUUGUCUUUUCCGAAGUCCUAGUCUCUGGUCCCCUGCAGUGUCAAACGAUAUUCGGGCAUGUUCAUCCACACUUUCCGUCAUGGCGGAAAGGAACCCGAAACUGAAGAAAUACCGAGAUGGGCUUGAGACCGUCAUAAAUCGAGCAAUGGAGUACGUUGAGGCUGCAUACCAGACUGUUCCAUCACAUGAUACUGGUGUCCCUCCUCAUCUGCAAGCACAAAAUAAUCAAUUUUCACAUUCUGUUACUACUCCAGACUCCAUCACAGGGGUGGAAACCCACAUGCAUCCUUCUCAUCAUGGUCAGCCACAAGGAAUGGGAUCUGAGCUUUAUGAUUUCCAAAUAGCGGAUAUCUUCUCAGACAUCCCAGGAUUACCUUCCAAUCUACAAAGUCUUUUUAGCGGAGACCAUACAGAUAUGCUGGACACCACCUUCCACGGUGCUUUCUCGGAAAACAUCUGGGCAACUGAGAUUGACACAUCGUUUUUGGAAGAGGGCGCAUGGAAUCUAUAA